UUGCCCCGACGAACUCUCUUUCGAGGGCCCGACUUUUUGACGGUUCCGCUGCCGGGUUCCGGAAUAGAAAUCGGAUUAAAAUCCAGCUACCGAUAUAAAUAACGAAUCGUUUAUCAGCGACUUUUUACGGAAUAUUAUGAACUUGUUCCAGUUAAAUUCUGUGCGCUAGCUGCUUGAUGUGUCUUGUGGAUUUUACAUAGAUAGAAUCACAGACAUAACCUUAAAUUUUGAAAAUAUAUUUGUGUAUCUAUGGAAAAUAUGAAACUUUGAUUCAGAAGAUAAAAAAAUUGAUCUAACUAGAUUUUCUCCAAUAAUGGAAAAUACUGAGAAAAAACAAACUGUGUUCUCUAGGUAUUGUAAUGGACCCCACGGAUUGGGAGAUCCAGAUGAUUUAUUUAUGAGAAAAGUGGAAAUGAAUGUAUUGAUACCGAAGAAAAUGCGUGAGAAAGCCAGAGUUGAAAAAUGUUUCAAAGAGGUUGAAGAAUUUACAGAGUGCUGUAAAAACACUGGCCUAUUGAUGGUGGUAAAGUGCAGAAAAGAAAAUUCAUCUUUGAAGGAAUGCUUAGUUAACUGGUUGAGUAAUGAUCAGUUCAAAGAAGAAUGCACACAGGAAUAUUUAGCAGAAAGGUCGGAAUAUAGAAGAACUGGCAUUUCUCGGAACAAAACACAGAGAAUGGGUUCAAUGUAAUUGAUUCUUAAACAAUUAAUGAAAAAUGAACAGCACUAGGAUUGAGAAGAAUUAUAAUGUAGUUUUAAAAAUAAACAUUUCAAGAAAG